AUGGCUACAGAAGCAUCUGCUGCCGUCGCCGCGGUUCCUACACGUACUGAAGAAGACCUGGCCUUUCUCUUCAAGCGAUUUCCCGGCUACCUAUUCACUGAACGCAAGGGGCCAGCGUGGUCGUGGCUUAGCGAUCCUACCGGUAAGCGACCGCCGCCUUCUGCCGUCAAGCCCCAACGCGAGAGCAGCAAUUCGAGAUCCAUCGCCACCUUCUUCAAUCUCAAUGCGAACAACGCCGAAGAUCAGAGGAUGGCCAACCACUUGAUCAGCGCGUUCGAUAGAGCUGAGUUUCAACGAAGGAUUGUAAGAUGGCUCAUCAGCGCCAAUCUUCCUUUCCGCACAGCUGAACACCCUUAUCUUCGCGAUGUCUUCUCCUACCUCAACCCCUCUGUCGACAUUCAAAAAGCCAACCUCUCCGAGAAGACUGUUCACGCCCUCGCUGUACGAGAGGUUGAGCGGCAUAAGGAUGCGGUGGUUAAGACGCUCCAGGAGAGCCCCGGGCUGGUUCAUCUAGUCUUCGAUGGAUGGACUUCACGCAACCGCCUCUCUCUCUACGGCGUGAGCGCAGUCUUCCGAGACGAAGAGGGCACGCCUCACAAGAUUGUGCUCGGUCUGCCAGAGAUGAGUGACCGGCAUACGGGUGAGAACAUCGCGGAGGCCAUCCUCGAUGUUAUUAGAAACUAUGGUAUUGAAAAGAAGAUUGGCUACUUCACUGUCGACAACGCUACAAAUAACGACGCCGCGUUGAAAAUAAUCGGUGAGAAGCUCGGCUUCCAGUGGAAAGAGAGGAGAAAUGUGAUGCCUUUGAGCGAGAAGUCUCUACUAGCCUACUCACUACUCAACAUGAGCAUGAGCAAUGGAGGAGGAAAGGCCCCAUUGGAGGUCAACAGGUCAGACCUCUGGACCAAGAAGCUCAUCUCGGCGCAAGAGCAACGGAUCCGAGAAGCCUCCGAAGGUGAGAAGAUCAAGAAACACACGCCGGUCGGAGUGGUGACAGACAACGCUACGCGGUGGCUCUCUCAGUACUUCAUGAUGGAACGCGCUCUUCAACUCCAGCCUUUCUACGAGACCUUCCUCUUUGAGGCGAAGCUUCACGUUGACUCGCAGUUCCGGACGACAGCAGGCACUCUAAAGAAAGGCGCGAAGGAGCCGCUCUUCUUAAAUGAGGAGAACAAGUUGACCGCGAACGACCUGGGAGGUCAUCCUCUGGAGCAAGCUGGGAUCUUCUCGAUGGGUACGAGUUCCUCCUUUGAGUCUCUCGAGAGAGCGAAGGCGAGAGUUGAAGACCUCGUUGACGGCGAACACGUCGCUAUUAACGUCAACAACGCAUGGAUGAAGCUCGACAAAUACUACGAGAAGAUCGGCCAGUCUCCUCUCAUCUACGCUGCCACCGCAUUGCACCCUCGGCACCGAUGGGGUAGGUUCGAGGCGUGGCGUGAGCAUCACGCUGACUGGAUCGAGCCAGCGAAGUUACAAGUCCGAGAACUCUGGAGGCAACAAUACCGAGACCUACCAGUCGAGCAGAAAGAGGCUUCAGAACCACCCACGAAAAUCCCCCGCCUCUCGAGCAACAGGUUCGCAAUCUUCAGAACCCAGGAGCGAACUCCAACAAACUCAGCACCCACCUCUCCUUCACCCUUUCCAUCGCCAGCGCUGGUCGAACUUGACGAGUUUGAGCGUUGGCAACUAGAUAAUAGCGACUUUGAUUGGUACGAGGAGGAUCCCCGUGCCUACUGGCACAAGAGAAGGAACACCUACCCACGGCUUGCGCGCAUGGCGUUGGAUCUACACACGGUGCUUCCUAUGAGCGCCGAAGUUGAGCGCUUGUUCAGCGUUACUGGCCAUAUGGUUACUCCUUUACGCAACCGGCUACAGGCGAACACAAUAUCUCUCUGUCAGAUCCUCCGCAGCUGGUACGAUGCCGGCGUGAUUGAUGAUCUCGAUCCAAUACUGUCAUGGAAGACACACGGACACAUGGAAGAUGAUUGA